CCACGUUGAGCUUCUCGACAUCUUCUUGCUAACAGGGCAGAUAAGUGCCGCAAGAGUUGCUGACGUUUCUUUUUCAGCUCAGCAUCAACGCUUAUACCAUAAUGCAUACUGGCCGCAAAAAAAACCAUAUUGAGAAACCCAUGCGGUCGUAUUCUUCUUUCCAUUUAUUCAGACGAAACAUUUGGCUGGUGCCGCAUAGUUUCUUGGCCUAAUUUUUAAACGUGCCAAAGAUUCAUUUUAUACGACGUUAAAAUUGUUAAUUAUAUCACAGAAAUUCAUGGCGCUAAAUUUUAAGCGCCGGAAAAUAAAGUUAAUUUAAUUGUUAUUAUUAUGAUGAUUGCGCGGCGUUUUUUCUUUAGCAGCCAGCGAUGGAUAUUAUUAUUAAGUUUUUGCGUUUUAUUUCUUUUGGGAUCAAUAGCGUUUAUGCAAAUCCAUCAGACCCGACUUGCAACCGGAAAUGAAGUGUAUUACGAUGCGCGGAAGGUUGUUGAAGAAAUACACCGGAAAGAGGACUAUCGUGAAGAAGUGGGAGACAAUAAAAGUGGAAGAGAUGCUCACGUAACCAACAAUGUGGUGGCUAUACCGCCCCCGGAGGGCACCUGUCCCGUAGCGGAAGGCAAUCCGGUGAAAGCCAAUUACGAUGUUAAUGAAAUGUCGACGUCGUUAAAGCUCAACGAAUUGCAAUGGGAUGGGGAUGUUGGAAUAUGGGAUGCUGAAGUGGAGAAAAAAUUCCAGCUGGAUUACAGCAACACUGCAGAGCACAACCGAUCUUUACAAGUGUUUCUUGUACCUUUCUCGCAUGCUGAUCCAGGAUGGUUACAAACCGUGGAUGGAUAUAUGGAUAUUUACACAAAACAUACAUUAAAUUUAAUGGUCGAGCGUUUGACCUUGUGGAAAGAUAUGACAUUCGUCUGGGCGGAAAUCAGCUUCUUCGAAAUGUGGUGGAAUUUAAUUAACGAAACAACCAGGGAACAAGUCCGUACACUGGUCAAGGAAGGCCGACUGGAAUUCAUCAACGGCGGCUAUGUCAUGCCGGACGAGGCAACUUGCCAUUACUACGCUAUUAUCCAUCAAUACGUUUACGGUCAUCAGUGGCUCCAUCGUACCUUCAACAUAACCGCUAAACAUGGCUUCAGCAUCGAUCCUUUUGGUUACUCCUCCACUAUGCCGUACAUCUUGAAGAAUCUCGGCUUCGACUCCAUGUACAUUAAACGGAUUCACUAUAUCAUCCGCAAGCGCCUCGUUCUCAAUGGCGCAUCGCAAUUCCUGUGGCAGCAGCCUUGGGAUAAAGCCAACACCGACUCCAUGUUUUGCUACAUGAGCCACGCCACGCUGUACGAUGUGAAACACACUUGCGGUGUUGACCCGCAAGUGUGCGUACAGUUCGACUACCAAUAUCUAACGCAAAUGAAUGAAGAGCAAUACCGAACCUUAAGCCUGCAACUGAUUGAUCAGUUUCGCAAAGUGGCUUAUUUGUACCCACACAAUAUCCUGCUCAUUCCGCUGGGUAUGGACUUCCGGUGGAGUAACACGUUCGAGUGGGAUUCCAAAUACGGGAAUUUCAAGAAAAUGGCCGACUAUCUCAACAGUGAUCCGAAAUUUCGGGUGCACAUUCAGUUCGGCACCUUCAAAAACUAUUACGAUGCGGUAUUUAAAGCCAUGGGCAAACCGGGAAAAGAGUGGAAGACCCCGGUAUUAAAAGGCGAUUUCUUCCCGUAUGCGGAUCGGUACAUGGAGUACUGGACUGGCUACUUCACGUCGCAUCCGUAUCAGAAAUCGCUGAGUCGGAUGCUGGAGCAGCAACUGCGGACGGCGGAGAUUUUAUACAGUAUUGCCAUGUUGCGCAACUGGAGACUUGAUGAUGCGAUGCUUAUUAAAUAUCUCCAAGCAGCCACGAAGAAUUUGGGCUUAUAUCAGCAUCACGAUGCCAUAACCGGGACAUCGAAACAAGCUGUUUCCGAUGAUUAUGAGCUGCGUUUAUUGGACGGCUUGGGCAUGACGGACACAGCUAUAACGUACAUGGCAUCGGCUCUUUUCUGGCCCGAAGAUGUCCUCCAUGAAUCCUUUGAAUCCCAUGCGAUCAUUGAAAAGAAUCGCGAUCUCCCGGCCAAGCAACUCAUUAGACUAUUAGACCAAACAAAGCGCUACUUGGUCAUUUUCAAUCCGCUUGCAUUCUCUCGACAGCUUGCCGUAGAUUUAUACGUCGACACCGAAGAUGUAAUUAUCGAAAACUUGACAGGGAAGUUCAUCGAGUAUCAAGUCAGCCCCAUGCUCGAUCCCCAAAGCAGCAAUGGGAAGCUUUUAGAGAUCGGAUUCCGCUUGACCUUUGUGGCGAAAUUCGAAGCCAUUGGCUUUCAGACUUUCAUCAUCCGCGCAGCAAAUGAGACCACUGUGCAAUCCUUUCUAGCCAAGCAUACAACAACUGUAACGGAAAAGGUCACGGAUUUUUCAAAAAAUAUCAUUUUGUCCAAUGAAUUAAUUUCUGCGGAAUUUUCUCCCGCGAACGGUUUAUUGGAAACCAUAACUGACCUUUCCACCGGCAUCCGACGGGCAGUUAGGAUGGAAUUUAAACGCUAUGAGACGACACAGAGUGGAGCGUACGUGUUUAUUCCCAACGGAAUCGCCGAUUUACUACCUUAUCCGCAUUCCGUGCGACUGUUUGAAGGCGCCAUUUAUUCGGAAAUCCACAUAACGUUAGCCGGUGUAUUAUGCCAAGUUGUGCGAGUGUAUCAUGUGAAUCAGGAUCUCGGAAAAUAUUUGGACGUUAAUAUGGUGGAUAAUUUGGCGGCACAUCGUAACCUUGAAGCUGUGAUACGGUUCACUACGGAUCUGCACAAUAAUCUAACGUUCUUUACCGACGCCAACGGAUUCCAGAUGGUCAAACGAAGGGCCUCCCAUGAUUUGCCCAUGCAAGCCAAUUACUACCCGGCCACCAAUAUGGCUUUCAUGCAGGAUGACAAAAGCCGGUUGACGAUUCAUAUGGCGCGGGCGCACGGUGUCGGCAGCCAGGAUGUCGGGCAAAUGGAAGUCAUGUUCGAUCGAAUCUUGAGUCAAGAUGAUGCACGUGGCGUGGAAGAAGCACUGACCGAUUUCCGUUCGGUCCACACCCACUUCCGUAUCCAGUUAGAGACAACCGGCUUCUGUCGUACAUGCACGUCGACUGCAGCUGAUCCAACCGCGCUGGCCAAUCGGCUCAAUCUCGACUUGAACAAUGUGCCAACGGUUUUAACGGCCAACUUCCGUGAUAACGAAAAGCAUUAUGGAUCAGCGUUAACCAAAUUGUCUGGUGCACUUCCGUGUAGCACCCACCUGGUUCUGAUGAAGCCGCUGUAUGAUCGUAAACGAUUAUUCGGAGCCGUACUGCACAAGCUGGGAGCUGAUUGUGAUAGUGACAAUGGCAGUGAUCAAGGAGAAUGUGCCAAGGAGGGCGCCGUGCAUUUGAACAAGUUUCUGCAUCCGAAAAUAAAAACGUACAUCAAGAGUACGUUAAAUUUUGUUACUCCGCUGGGGAAUGCUAGUCAAAACGCUGUUGUGGAUUUGGAACGGAAGAAAUUAACGGCUGUACUUUUUACUAAUGCGGCGAGCCGAUCGGCUGAAUCUGUUUUAUAAAUAAGAAAUUCAGGAAAAGCAUCUCCAAAUAAAGGUCUCUUAAAUUCGGAGUAAAA